AUGACAACCCCCCCACCAACAACUACCGCUGCACCAGCCCUCUACACGCCCGACGACCACCUCUUCACCGACCCCGCGAGCACCGCCAAAGAGCAGAACAACUACUCAAACCUCCCGGAAGAUGAGUUUACGCAGGUCUACGAGAUCAACUCCACGGUGAAGCAGAUCCUCGAGAAGGGCUAUCGCCGCAUCGCUCUCCAAUUCCCAGACGAGCUUUUGGGAGAUAGCACAAGGGUCUACGAGCUAGUCUCCAAGGGAAUCAACGAGGGCGUAGCAGACCCCCGGAAGAGCACGGAGGUCAAGGCCGCCGCCCCGGAAGAGCAGAACGGAUACUGCGGCCAGAAGUCUGAUGGCUGUUGUGGCAGCUCCGAAAGCGCCUGCGCUCCUAAAGACUCGCAGAGUGGCUGCUGUAAGAAUAAUGGGAACACCCCCGACGGCACCUCCGGAGAGAGAAAGAAAGUGUUUAUCCUCGCCGACACGUCCUACUCGGCCUGCUGCAUCGACGAGGUCGCCGCCGAGCACUGUUCCGCCGACGUUGUGGUUCACUAUGGCCGCUCCUGCCUCUCGCCCACAACCCGUCUCCCCGUCAUCUACGUCUUCACCACGUGCCCGCUUGCCCUCCCGCAAGUGGUGUCCAGCUUCACCGCCACCUUCCCCGACCGCGCCUCGCCCGUGAUCCUCAUGGCCGACGUCACCUACACCGCGCACAUCCCCGCGCUGCACACCGCGCUCCUGGCAGAAGGCUACACGCACCUCUUCGCCACAGACAUCGUCCACGACCCGUCCUCCCCGCUGCCAAACCGAACGCACCCCCCACCGGAGCAGAUGCGCGAGUCCACACUCUUCCACAUCGCCGAGCCCCUCCCCUCGCUCCUCCUCGUCCUCGCAUCCCGCGUCGCAGAGAUCCACACAUACACUCCUGGCACCUCCGCCGCCACCACUCCAACCUCCACCGCACUGCUGCUCCGCCGCCGCUACGCCCUCCUCUCACACGCCCGCACGGCAAACAUAAUAGGCGUCCUAAUCAACACCCUCAACGUGCGCAACUACCUCCCCAUGAUCACGCACACAAAAGCCGCCAUCACCGCCGCCGGCCGCAAGCCCUACCUCGUCGUCGUCGGCAAGGUCAACGUCGCAAAGAUCGCAAACUUCGACGAGAUCCAGGUCUGGGUCGGCAUCGGCUGCUGGGAACAAGGCAUCGUGGGGAGCGCGGCAGGACGCGAGUUCUAUCGCCCGGUCGUCACGCCGUUUGAGCUCGGCAUCGCACUCGAUCGAAGCCGCGUGUGGGGGAGCGAGUGGAUCGUGGACUUUGAGACGCUCCUGAACGCUCCUGUGAAGCCGGAAAAUGAGGAGGGGGAGGAGGAGGAGAGUGAUGAGGAUGAUGAGGCGCCUGAGUUCGACUUGAGGACGGGCAGAUAUGUGGCUGCUGCUCGUGCGCCACGGAAGCGGAAGGAGAAGGCUCCUGGGGAGCCGCGGUCGGGAGCGCUCAUUCUUAAUGAUGACAGUAGGAAGCAGGUACUCGCUGGCGGCGUCGUGUCGCCCGCAGCCGAGUUUUUGAGGGAUAAGAGGUCGUGGAGAGGCCUUGGGUCGGACUUUGUCGUUGAGUAUGAGAAGGAGGGCGCGAAAGAGGGCCAGGAGGAGAAGAAGGGUGCCAUUGUUGAGGUUGGCAGAAGCGGUGUAGCCAGGGGGUAUACGGUUGAUGGUGGGGAGAGACACUGA